AUGGAGGACCCGGAGGACCGCCGCCGCCUUCGCGACGCCGUGCGCCUGUGCGCCCGCCUCGGAGAGCACGAGGCCUUCAGCGACAUAGUCCAGGAGCGCACAGAACCCACCGACGAAGAACUGGCUGACGAUGACGAGCUGGACGCCUGCAUGCUGCGUGAUGCCACCACCGGCCAGCACAUCUCCUGCACCUGCAAGAUGGGCCCCGCCAGCGACCCCAUGGCCGUGGUAGACCAGUAUGGCCGCAUCCACGGAAUGGAGCACAUCCGCGUCGUAGACGCCUCCAUAAUGCCCAACUGCAUCCGCGCCAACACCAACGUAACCACCAUGACCAUAGGCGAGCGCGUAUCCCAGUUUAUAAAAGACGGCCGCUAG